AUGCCUCCAGUGGAUCCGCCAGAAGUUCCAUCGGAGGAUCAAGCGUCAGCAGGCAUCAAGACCCCUGCAGACACCAAGGACAGAUCUAAGGAAAGUGUAGGUGGCUCUCAGCAGAAAGUGUCACCGAGCGAGCGUUUGGGAACUGCAGUGGAGGGGGACAGAGAUAGAAGUGUAGGGUCGUUAGUUGAGCCACUCUUCACUCCUGAACAGGUUCAACAUUUCACUGGAUUGUUUUCGCAAGCACCAUGGCUGUACACACAACCUCGAUCAGCAUUUUCUCCAUUUUUGCAGCGUCCACAGUUUUUAGAACAAGAGGAGCUCAGAGCUAGACAAGCAUCUGAGAAUAGAGAUCAAGAAAUGGAGAGGUUGAAAGAGCGUUUGAUGCAAGAUCAACUAGAAAGAGAAGAAAUGAGACAGUCCAUGAAAUUCCUGUUUGAGGAGAAUCGUCGGCUGAUGCAAAAGUUGGAAGCUCAGGAGAAGCAGAAAGAAGCUGAUCCGAAGUUUUCAACACCUGAAGAGGAACCGCGAAAGUUGGAGCAGGCUGGAGACCCCCAAAAGGAGGCUGAGAUACCCCCCGAAGUCAGGUUUGGAAGUGAAGAACAGCGCCAUCCUGGCCAAGAAGGAACAGGACAGAAGGAGUCAAGCAGUAGUGAAAGCUUUGCAGAGCGAUCGCUUGGCUUCAUGGCACUGAUGAUGGAGUCGAUGAAGGAAAUGCAAAAGAAGAUGCUGGAGCCACGAGAAGAGGCUGGAAUGGUCCGAGGUGUGGAAGUGGUUCGGACUGGUGUCAUGGAGUUGCCAGCCCUUCAACAAUGCAAUCCAGCACAAGGACCUCUACAACUAGGAGAUUGGUUGUUGAUGAUCGAACCAGUUGCUGCUGACAUGUCCACCACAAGCCAAGAAUGGUGGGGCGAAAUGACCAAGGCAGUUGAGACUUGGUAUCAGCAGCAUAUGUCAAUGAAUCCUUUGGAUCGAAGUGAGGCAAGCAUCAAGGAGUUGAUGGAGGAAGCCAGCAAGAUGUUGAAAAGUCUUACCAGCGCAAACACCACAUCCAGCAGCUCAACAACAGCAGCAUCAACAAGCAGAGAAGAAGGAAAGGACGAAGUGAUGGAUCGGCUGCAGCAGCAGCUGAAUGCGUUGAGGCUGAAGACAUUGAGAUUGAGAAGGUUGGCUGGUGGAGGAGUGCAGGGACUGUUGGACUCUGGCGCGACAAAUCCACUACGACCAUUGAAGCCGGGGGAGGAGACCACCAGCUACCGUCAAGUUGAAGUGGCGUUGGCCAAUGGUGGAAAGACUCAACUGGCGAUCACCCGUGGAGGCACACUGGUGAGUCCUGACUUGGACAUUGAGCCGAUCGUUCCGAUGGGCUUGCUGAUUGGCGUUCUGGGCUGCAAAGCAACAUGGGAAGAAGGUGGAAUCACAGUCAUCCAUCCAAAGAUUGGCAAGCUGCCGAUCAACCAAAGUGAAGGAUGCCCACAGGUAUCACGUCAGUUGGCUCUUCAGCUCAUUGAGGAGAUUGAGGACAAAAAGCUAUGCAUUGGCGAGGUGGCAUCCGACUUCACCAAAGAAGAGGCUUCACACUUCAUCGAGCUUGGCAUCAAGUCGGAGGAGAAGGUUGGCAGUUGUUAG